UAAGCAGUCACUUGAAUUGGAUCAACAAGCCUGUUUUUUGACCACACUAAGCACAUCUUGCUGCCAAUCUUGCAUUCCAACAGUUGAAAUUUAGCCAAUACAGUACAUGUAAUAGACCUAAUGUUCGAAUCUAUAGGUUACUCCCCAACAAUCAACAAAGAUUAUGACUGUGAGGUGCUAGUCAGGAAAACAGUGUUAGUCUAAAAUAAAAUAGUUGAGUGCAUUAAUUAAAAGAUAAUAAGAUAAAAGAAGAGUGCAAAGUUAAAAUUAAAAUGGAGAUAAUGCACCAGAGAUGACCAUCGCCAGCCUCUCUGUAAAGAUACUGAGGCUGGGACUAGCUUGUAUGUGACCUGGGAGAGUAUUCCAGUAGCGGAUAGCUCUAGGAAAGAAAGGCUUGAGAUUGUACUGUGUUCGAGGGACAGUUUAGAAGACCCAGAGAUGAGUUGUUUGUUUAACUUGCUAAGAAACUAUGUGUACAGACGGAGUGCAGCAGACGGACUGUGCAGGAAGUACAUGUACACAGCUACAUGUGGAAGAUACUGUACUUCCCUUUCCAUUGAGAAAGGUUACAGAAGCUUCAGCACUAGUUUCCAUGUACACAAUAGGACCUCUCAUAGCAAAGUUAUAUCCUUCUCACGACUAAUACAAACAUGGACAGAACGGCUGUCACGUGCAGAUGUACCAGAAGCAGAAUGCUCUGUAAAUCUCAUUGUUGCGCAUGCUUUUGGAAAGAAAAUGGUACAUGAGGUUGAUAUGAAAACAGUUCUAUCUGAGCAGAUUUUGAGAAGUAUAGAUGAAAUGUGUAGUGAGAGACUAAAGAGGGUACCUGUACAAUAUAUUAUUGGAGAAUGGGAUUUCCAUGAUAUGACGCUAGAGAUGAGACAACCAGUACUUAUACCACGGCCAGAAACUGAGGAACUUGCAAGCAUUAUAGUUGAUGAGUGGCCUUUGGAACGUGAACAAGAAGGGACUUUUCUGGAGAUUGGUUGUGGGACUGGAGCACUAUCUUUGUAUAUACUUAGCAAGUUACCAAAUGUACAGUGUAUUGCUGUGGAUAAAAGUGAAACUGCCUGCACUUUAACAUUGACAAAUGCUUCUCGCUUCAAUCUUCAAGACAGAAUACAAGUGAUCCAUGGAGACAUAUUUAAAGAUCAAACAAUAUCAGAGUUAUCCUGUAAUGGACCAUACAACGUUCUAGUGAGCAACCCUCCAUAUUUGACCUCAGAUGAGAUGGACACCCUUGAAAAGGAAGUUGCUGGGUAUGAGGAUCAUGGUGCGCUGCAUGGUGGAACUGAUGGUCUAGAUAUAAUUUGCAGAAUACUUGCAGAAUCAUGCAAUCUCAUUAAGGAUAAACAAAGUGUCCUUUGGCUUGAAGUGGGGUUGGAACAGCCAGAGAAAAUCAAGAAGAUUGUUGAAUUACAUCCUGAAUUCAUGCUUUCAUACAUAAAGACAAUACAGGAUUUCACACAAAGGGGGAGGUUUUGCAAGUUGCAGCUGAAGAAAUGAAGAAGAAAUAGUUGUUGAUAAUAUGACAACAGGCAAGAGAUCUGAGUGACAGUAGACCAUGAUGAUAAUGUGACUGGUAUUGAUGUGGUGAGAUGAACAAUGUUAUCUUUGACUAGUACCAGAAUGCAAUAGCAUCACAAGUGGCACAUGAAACACCUGGGAGUCUUGAUCAUACAAAAAUCGAAAAGCUGAUUACAAGUUGGAAUGGCGAAAAUGGCAACAAAGAACCAGCUGUGUCCUUGACUUUGACAUCCUAGUAUAAUCACCAUCAGUAACGUGUACAGUUUCAUUAAAUUUGAAAACAAAAUGUAAAUCUUUGUACUAAAUUGUAUUAAAAGGGGACUGCUUUAUAGAAUUCCGCUAAAGACAGUGCUAGUGGGUGCGAGAUGUUUUGCACUUUCCAUUUUAUGCUUGCAAAGGAUUUUUUUAACAUAUUUUAUUAAAGGUUCGUCAUAAAAUAAUUGGAAACAUAAUAAAACAUGAUGAACAUAGA